CAUCAUUUGUGCGCCGAGUAAUUUUUCGCUGCGCUUCUAUUGUGGCCAUGACCACCCAGUGACGUCACGCCCGCGCAGCAGGAUGCCAAACAGGGCGACAUGUUUGCCCGCUUGUGGGCCUCCUUCUUCUUCUUCUCCUCCUCCUCCUCCUCCUCCUCCUUCUCCUUCUUCUUCGUCGUCGUCGUCCAAGCGACAGCGCUGCUAUGAGUCGGCCUUCCUUCGGCGCGCGUCCGUGCCGGCCGGCGUCCUCCUGUUGAGCCCCCCGGCCCGGCUGGGUGAGCUCCGAACGCCUAGCUAGCGCCGCUAGCUCGGGCGGCUAGCCGUGCUUUGGGUCGACAACGCUGGCGUUUUGUCUUCGCCAAAUGUUUCGCCGGCUUGUUGGUGUCAUUAAGCUUGCGGCGAACGCCUUUGUUCGCGAGGUGCCAGUCGAAUGCUAAGCAGCGACGUGUUCCCCGAGCAGCCAUGAUUAUUGUGUCGUCAUUGGGCAUUUUAGUGCUGUUAAGCAGCGCUCGCCAUCCACGGUCGCUAGCAUAGCGCUAGCAUUUGGUUGUAAAUACAUGAAAUGUGUUGGAGGUGCGUCAACGCGCAAAGACAGAAGGAUUUCGUCGUGAAAUGUCACGUCACAAAUUGAUGCAUCGUUUCGAGACGUGGCACUGAGGAUCCAGGUGAGGGAAGACGAGGUCGCACCGUGACCCCCGUGACCCCGGUAGACGGCUUGAACGUUUAUUUCAGGGAUGCUGUCAUGUACCGCGAGAGGGAGCCUGCAGCAGACUCGACUUGGACAACCGCGACUCUGGGCUGUUUGCGUCAUUGGUCUCCGUGCCGACCGAUGCGUUUCAAAAAGAAGAGAAAAUGCCCACCCGCGUGCACAAAUAUUUGCCCGCCCACCUCCAGAGCGACUUGUGUAUUUCCGAGCCCUAAUAAUUCUUUUUGGGUUGUUUUCCAGCGUCUCGCGUGCGUGCGAAAUGAGCCCGCCGAGCGUCAGGCGCUGGACGCCCAAGAACGUGGCCAAGUGGCUGAAGGACGAGGGCUUCUGCGACUACGUGGACCUGCUGUGCCACAGGCACCGGCUGGACGGCAGCAGCCUGCUGGCCCUCAGCGAGUACGACCUGCGCUCGCCCCCGCUGGAGCUCAAGGUUCUGGGGGACAUCAAGCGCCUCAUGGCGUCCGUGCGCAAGCUCCAGAAGCAGAACCUGGACCUGCUGGAGGAGCUGGGCCUGCCCUUCGACGGGCACUCGCCCGCCGGCUCGGGCGACCGGCUGUGCAACGGCGAGGCGGCGGGCGACGGCGCCGACACGGCGCCCGUCGGGGAGGAGUACCAGAAGUACACCAACGGCAAGUUCAAGCAGCAGACGCGCCGCCUGGAUCCCGAGUGCUGGAAGACGGUGCUGAGCUCCGUCUACGUGGUCUUCGUGUUCGGAUUCACCUCCUUCGUCAUGGUCAUCGUGCACGAGCGCGUCCCCGACAUGCGCACCUACCCGCCCCUGCCCGACAUCUUCCUGGACAGUGUGCCUCGAAUCCCGUGGGCCUUCGCCAUGGCGGAGGCGUGCGGCGUCAUCCUCUGUGUCAUCUGGCUGCUCGUUCUACUGCUGCAUAAACAUCGGUCCAUACUCCUGCGCCGCAUGUGCAGCCUCAUGGGUACGGUGUUCAUGUUGCGCUGCAUCACCAUGUUCGUCACCUCCCUGUCCGUGCCGGGACAACACCUGCAGUGUUCCGGGAAGAUGUACGGCGACACGUGGGCCAAGCUGCGGCGCGCCGUGGCCAUCUGGAGCGGCUUCGGCAUGACGCUGACGGGCGUUCACACGUGCGGCGACUACAUGUUCAGCGGACACACCGUCGUCCUCACCUUGCUCAACUUCUUCGUGACGGAGUACACGCCGCGCAGCUGGCACUUCAUCCACACGCUGUCGUGGGUGCUCAACCUGUUCGGCAUCUUCUUCAUCCUGGCGGCGCACGAGCACUACUCCAUCGACGUCUUCAUCGCCUUCUACAUCACCACGCGCCUCUUCCUCUACUACCACACGCUGGCCAACACGCGCGCCUACCAGCAGAGCCGCCGGGCGCGCAUCUGGUUCCCCAUGUUCUCCUUCUUCGAGUGCAACGUCAACGGGCCCGUGCCCAACGAGUACUGCUGGCCCUUCUCGCGGCCCUCCGUCCUCAAGUUGAUCAUCGGCUAGAGAGGUCGGCGCCGUCGGAGUGACUUGACACAGCCUGCCUUUUACUUACGGGAUUUGUUGGAUCGAAAGUAAGAAUCAGCCAAAAUUGUCUGUGUCUCCCUUUUGUCUUAAUUGUGAUUCCAUUUGCCAAUGACCUUGCACUUUGCAAUAGGUUUUCUUGUGUAGAAAUGUCCCCAAAAAAUAAAUCAAAUCAGGGGCGGGUCCUUCUUCCUAUCAGGGGGCAUACAACAGCGCAUCAGUGGUGACUUGAGAUACGAAUGACCAGAUCUGAGUCUUCUUUCGGAUUUCGGAUGAGUUUUUUUUGCUUUGACUUGAAAGCAAAACAUUUGAGAGAUGAGUGUUGUGUGGUGGCAGUGAACUCAACUCACUUCACAACAAGCAAUCGCUUGGCGGAUGUAAUCAAUUACUCCGAAAAGAAGCUUCAAGCUGUUUAAUUCCACUCCCAGUUGUGGUUUACUACCAAACGAAAUUGUAAAAGUUGAAUAUUAAAGAACAUAAACUUUGCCUUGAAGUCCCCUAGCUUAAUGCUAACAGAUAAUGGGGAAACGACUUGGGCGGGCUAACGAAACUAGCAUCAAUGUUGCGGUAGUUAUAACGCUUUAAGCAAAGGGUUUUUGAACACAAUCGGUGACAAUAUAGCAAUACUCACAGGCUUAUAUUCUUUAUCAUCUGUGUAAAAUGACUAACAUUAAAGCUGCUGAGUGAGUCACAGCUGUGAAAUGUAUUAGUUUGUGUUUUGUCUUUGCGUCAUUUUAUUGGGGAAAGAUUAUUUGAGAUAUGAAUGUUGUGAGUCAGAACAAAUUAUGUCAAGGCACCACAUAGUCAAAUGCUGUUGCAACAUUUUUUCCACAAUGGAAUGAAUUUAUUUUUUCCCUCAAAAUUCAACACACAACCGUAUUGUGACAUGUAUAAUGUAUUUAGAAACAAAUCUCUGAAUACAAAAUGUGGAAGCAGUGAUGUGCUGUAAGUCCUUUCUGAAUGCACUGUUAAUUGAGGGAAACUAAUUGUCCGCAUUUGUGGGGUCAUGUUUUUUCAAAUUAUUAUUUUACAGUGGACCAGAUCGAAUGUUCUGGUGGAGCCAUUUGUGGUCCGCGUGCCACGGUUGUCCCACCGCCGAUAAAUCACAUUAAAGCUAGUACAAUGUUUAGUUAUUUAAGGGAUAUCUCAAAAAUGGAUGCUAACUUAUUCAAAUUAGUGUUUUUUUAUACUAAGGCAGCAACGUGCACACAUCACAGGGUUUACAGUUGCUCAAAGUGGCGUUUUUGUGUGUUUGUGUGUUGUGAGAGACACAAACAAACAUGCUUUUUUUCCCCCCUUCCUUUUUAGUGUAACGAUUCUCUUGCUGGCAUUUGUUUGUGUGAUGUAAUGGAAAAACAAACAAACACUGCGCCUCAGCCAUGGUUGCACAUCUUAUUAAGUCAUUUGUAACAUAACAGAGGACAUUUGACGUUUUAAUGUUUGUCUGCAAACUGAUGGUCUGCUGUCCAUCAAAUGUGACAUUUAGCAAACAAGUGAAUCUUGAUAGUUCUCUGCCUUUUUUUCUGCAAAUGUGUACAUAGGCGAGCCAUUUAGUUGGCGAGAGUGUAUUUUGGUGGCUUUGAGAUGAAAUGCUGCAUCCACCGGUGAUGGUGCAAUGGAACUUGGUGCCACAAAAAAUGCUUUGAUUGACAAAUCCGCUCCUAAAACGUGCCAAUUUCAUCAUGUCAAGCUGUGAAAAUGUCUGUAAUUGAUUGUCCUUGAGGUAUUUGGACGAAGGCAUGCAACAGACGCGUGGUCAAGACACCAGGGAACUGUUCUCAGUUGUGAAAAAAUGCAUGUCUCCUUUGAACGCCACUGCGUUUUUUAAAUCAAUAAAUAGGCGAUUAAAAA